GACACAGUUGGACGUGAAAAUACCAAACGCGCAAGGCAACUGGGCCUUUUCAUACCCAGGCCAUCCUUUCACAUCCCGGCCCGGUCCAAAAUAAUCAGAUUCUUUCCGAAAGGCAAAACCCUCGUUAAACCCUCCGGCGCUGAAUGCCGCAAUCCUCCGCCUUCUUGUUGCUCUCUACCAUGAUUUCUGCAACGAGGCCAUCUCUCCUGCCGGAAAAUGAGAAUCUACAGAGCUUUCGAUUUCCGAUCUCUCAAACAGUGCAGACUCACUAACCUCGGAGUCUUAAAAAAAGGUCAGAUUUCUGCUUAUAUUUGUUCGAUCUCUCACCUAGAAGCUUCGUCACAAACCCUAGACCAACCCUCAAUCCCUCCCCUAAACGUUGGUAGGAACGUCGAAGGAUUCUUAGAAAAAGAAAUCUUAGAUCCCGAGUGGCAUUCAAUCGAACGGGUUUCUUCGAAUCUCUCUCCGUCUGAGAUCUCUAACGCCCUUUCUAAGCUCCGGGGAUCUCCUGAUACUGUUCUAGCGUUAAUUGAGAAAUUGGGUUUUGAAUCCCUGGAUCUCAGAUGCCUUUGCCUCGCAGUGGGUGUAGUCUCUCGCCUUCCAUCUCCAAAACCAGCUUUACUGCUCCUGAAGAGAGCUGUGGAUGGCGGUGUUGCAACGAACCAGGAACUUUUCGAUGAGUUAGUGCUCGCUCGCGAGGGCUUGCGAUUGUCGAGUUCAAUUGUUCUGGAUUUGCUGAUUAGGGCUUGUUGUGGAUUAAGGAGAGCAGAGCAAGCUCUCGAAUGCUUCUACAUGAUGAAGGAUCAUGGGAUUCUUCCCAAGAUUGAAACUUGUAAUGAAUUAUUGGGUUUGCUUUUGAAAAUGAAUAAAACCGACACGGCUUGGGCUCUGUAUGCUGAAAUGUUCAGGUUGAGGAUUCCUUCCUCUGUCAUCACGUUCAACAUUAUGAUUAAUGUAUUAUGUAAGGAAGGGAAAUUGAAGAAGGCUAAGGCUUUCAUUGCACACAUGGAGGGUCUGGGCUUUAAACCAACUGUUGUUACUUAUAAUACGAUAAUUCAUGGGUACUGUUCGAGAGGAAAACUCGAAAGUGCUCAAGAGAUCUUUGAUGCUAUGAGAAAUAUGGGUAUACAACCAGAUUCUUACACUUAUGGAACUCUCAUCAGUGGGUUGUGCAAGGAGAGAAAACUUGAAGAAGCAUCAGCUCUUUUUGGAAAAAUGGUGUAUGAAAAGCUACUACCUAAUGCUGUGACAUACAACAUGUUAAUUGAUGGAUACUGCAACAAGGGGAACUUGGCAAUGGCCUUUAAGUACAGGGAUGAAAUGGUUAGUAAAGGAAUAAAGCCUACUGUCUCUACAUACAAUUUGCUGGUUCAUGCCCUGUUUAUGGAAGGUAGGGCAGCCGAAGCGGAUGGUUUGAUCAAGGAAAUGGCCGGAAGGAGCUUGGCUCCUGAUGCAAUCACAUAUAACAUCUUAAUAAAUGGGUACUGCAAGGAAGGGAAUGCAAAGAAUGCCUUUGACCUGCAUGCAGAAAUGUUAAGUAGAGGGAUUCAUCCGUCUACAGCAACCUACACAUCCCUUAUCUAUGUUUUGGGCAAGCAGAAAAGAAUGCAAGAGGCUGAUAAGUUAUUCAAGCAGAUUGUCUCUAAAGGAAUUUUCCCUGAUGUCAUAAUGUUCAAUGUGUUGAUUGAUGGCCAUUGUGUCAAUGGGAACUUGGAGCGGGCCUUUAUGCUCUUGAAGGAGAUGGAUAUGAAGAAGGUUGCUUCUGAUGAGGUGACCUACAAUACUCUAAUGCAAGGGCUCUGUAGGGAGGGGAAAGUUGAAGAAGCUCGUGGACUUCUCAAUGAAAUGAAGAUUAAGGGCAUCAAACCUGAUCACAUCAGUUACAACACCCUCAUUAGUGGAUAUAGUAGGAAAGGUGAAAUGAAAGAUGCUUUUAAAGUUCGUGAUGAGAUGUUGAGCAAAGGUUUCAAUCCCACUCAUCUCACUUACAAUGCCCUUAUCCAAGGGCUAUGCAGAAACAAAGAAGGAGAUCAUGCUGAACAAAUCUUCAAAGAGAUGUGUCAAUUGUUGCUGUUAAUAAUUUGUGAAUAUAUCCUAAGUGUGAGAAGAGACGGAAGAACUAUCAGGAAAUUAUUCACUUUGUUCAAUAGAAAUCAAGAUGAGUUCUAAUCAACCAAAAGGAAGAAGAUAGAGCAAAAUUCCCAACAACUGAAAGGAGAAGAAUCAUGGAUCAGUAAUGGAUGACAUAGACAUUGUAUUCGACCACAGCAUCCCCGGAUGUUAGGUUGAAGAAUUGUGUCUUUGCCUGAGCGUAGCCACGAGCCAAUCGGAAAAUCCCAGUCCCUCCCGUCACAGGGAUCUCUCUCACUGCUGAUUGAACCGGAUUCCUCCCGAAUAAGCUAAGUGUGCUACCAUUGUACUUCCCUCCUGUAAAAACAAAGUUUAAGGUCAUCAACAGUGCUAACUCAUUUUGUGCCGCCAAUGUGUACAGCCCCUGAGCUCUUCCUACAAGUGUAGAAUUCAACUCUGGCGUUUCUGUCAAUGGAUCAUCGAUCGCGACAAUUGUACCAAACGGAAAUUGUGAGUUUUUUGUGCUGCUUGGUUGGGCAACCUUAAUUGCAGUUGGAUUACUACCACUAACAAUGUCAUGGAAGAAGAAGUGAAGGUGGGUUAUCUUCUCAUGCUUAAACCCCAAAGACUCCAGCAAGGGCCGGGACUUGCCAUUCACUGCAUUAUUGGAGAACAAGAACAGGAUGGUUAAGCAAAUAACAGAUGAAGAAGAGAAACUGAUAUGAAUUAUGGCCAUUGUGGCUAAGGGAAUGUGUUUCUUGAAGAAUUAGAAAUGGUUUGGGUUGUGCAGUAUACACAGCCUAUAUAAAGCUCAAUAGCAGAAGACAAUAAGUUUCUGGUUUGCAAUUUCAGAUUUGAUUAUAAUAAGGUUAGUUACAUGUAACACUUGAUGAAUAUGUUACAUUAAUGUAGAUUCAGUUUUCACCCAAAAAAAUCUAUGUAUAUAUUAAUGUAGAAUCAGUGUGAAUUCUUAUAUGCAACAUUUUAUUACAAAAUAACUACUUUUUUUUUUUC